CUGUCAAUAGCAUCUCACGGCUUAUAUUCAUUGGUCACGGAAUCCCCAAAUAAAACUUGUUUUGCUUCUUUUUAAAAUAUCCACAAAGACUGGUACCAACUUCAACCAUCUUCUUCGCUCUACCUGUAAACUCAAAGGAGAAAUAUGGCAGCCAGCAGACCUACUCUUAAUGAGAGAAUCCUGUCUUCGAUGGCUCGGAGAACAGUUGCUGCUCACCCUUGGCAUGAUUUAGAGAUUGGACCAGAUGCUCCAACUAUUUUCAACUGUGUUAUUGAAAUAGGCAAGGGUAGCAAAGUGAAGUAUGAGCUUGACAAGAAUAGUGGUCUUAUCAAGAUUGAUCGAGUUUUGUACUCUUCGGUGGUGUAUCCACACAAUUAUGGCUUCAUCCCACGAACCCUUUGUGAAGACAGUGAUCCCAUGGAUGUCUUGGUACUUAUGCAGGAGCCAGUGAUUCCUGGCUGUUUUCUCCGUGCCCGUGCAAUUGGACUUAUGCCCAUGAUUGAUCAGGGUGAAAAAGAUGACAAGAUAAUUGCAGUAUGUGCCGAUGAUCCUGAGUUUCGUCAUUACCGGGAUAUCAAGGAGCUUGCUCCACACCGUCUUCAAGAGAUCAGGCGUUUUUUUGAGGACUAUAAAAAGAAUGAGAACAAAGAAGUUGCAGUGAAUGAUUUUCUCCCUGCUGAAGCCGCCAUAGAAGCUAUUUCAUAUUCUAUGGAUUUGUAUGCAUCUUACAUUGUGGAGGGCUUGAGGCAAUAAGAUGCAUGGAAGUCUAACCAACUCAGCAAAUGCUCAAGGAUGCUCUUUAUCAUAUUUUACGGAACAUAGACAUCAUCCUUUUAGUAUCACACUAAAAUUUCAAAGAUGAUUUCGGGAAGAUUUCCUGUUCAAAUAACAGUGCUUAAAACUCUUUAAUAAGAGGGGAAAUUUUGCUUCAAGUAAGCUGAAAAUUGUCUUAUUACUUAUGGUCAGCUACUUAUCCUGUUAUAUUUAUUUACUAGGGCUUACGGCACGGGCAUGGAAUAGCUUUGGAUAAUAUAAGAGCUGACUUUUACGUCCC